AAUUCGAGCGUUUCACUUUCAUUCUGCUUUGCCUUGUUGCUUUUUCUUUUUUAUUGCUUUUCGUUCAAGAAUCUGAUUCUAUGAGGGUGGUUUUUUCUCUCAUCUGUGAUUAUUUUACUUUGAUUUUCCCUGAUAUAAUGACCAACUUUUGUUGUUUUAUUCACUUUUUUGUAACUUCUCAAUGAGUUCCUACGUUUAGUUUUCUUAAUAUUUAAUUUUAAUCCUCCUGCACGUUCAGGCUCAGCGACAAGUUUUUGUCAUGUAAUACAAAUUUUCACGAGGUUUGGACAGAGUUUUUCAGCUCUUUUUUUUAAUCUUCCUUUUCCGAAAGGAAAAUAAAAAAUCAUAUUUCCACUGAUCUUAUUUGUUUUUGUCACAAAAACUUUUUCAUUUUUCAAUCAUGAACAGAUUCUUAGACAUUUUCUUCUUUGAGAACUCUUUUCCACAACUUUUAGGGACAUGGAAAGCGCCUAAAAGAUUCCGAAUUGUAACCCUAUUGACAACAUUUUCCUCUUAAAAAACGUUUUGACUUGCUUCUUACCGAUUUCACUCUUCCGAGUCAUUCCUUCUUCUGCAGUAACGUUUCUUGGGGUGCUCCCCACUCUACAAACUCGAAGAAAAUGGGUAGGGCAACAAGGUGGCUAAGGGGCUUGUUCGGGAUAAAGAAAGACAGAGAGAGUUCCAAUUCCAGUGACCGGAAAGACAAGAAACGGGGAAGCUUUGGCAACUCCGGCAGAGACUCUAGCGGCUUGUGUCAUAAUCCGGGGACAAUACCACCCAACAUAUCCGCUGCCGAGGCUGCGUGGCUAAAUUCAUACUACACUGAAUCAGAGAAGGAGCAAAACAAGCAUGCAAUUGCGGUGGCGGCAGCCACGGCGGCGGCCGCUGAUGCAGCAGUGGCUGCUGCGCAGGCGGCGGUGGCUGUUGUCAGGCUAACCAGCCAUGGAAGGGGCACCAUGUUUGGUGGUGGACAUGAGAGGAAGGCUGCUGUGAAGAUUCAGACCGUUUUUAGGGGAUAUUUGGCCAGAAAGGCCCUGCGAGCACUAAAAGGACUGGUGAAGAUACAGGCACUGGUUAGAGGUUAUUUAGUGCGCAAACAGGCGACUGCAACUCUUCAUUGUAUGUUGGCUCUUAUUAGAGCUCAGGCCACUGUUCGUUCCCAGAAAGCUCGCGGGAUCAUCAACAAUGAAACUAACAGAUUUGAAAUCCGAGCGCGAAAAUCCAUGGAGAGAUUCGAUGACACUAGAAGUGAACACACAGGCCCACUCCACAGCAGAAGGCUGUCAGCUUCUCUGGACACCGCAAUUAACUCCAUUGAUGAAAGCCCCAAAAUUGUGGAGGUCGAUACUGGCAGGCCUAAAUCAAGAUCCCGUCGAACAAACACUUCAGUUUCAGAUUUUGGUGAUGACCCAACUUAUCAAACACUGUCUUCUCCACUCCCGGCAAGUGGCCUUCCUGCCCGGAUUUCGAUACCCGAUUGCCGGAACUUUCAUGACCAUGACUGGGGCUUAACUGGCGAGGAGUGUAGAUUCUCCACAGCACAAAGCACCCCGCGUUUCUUCAACUCCAAUGCCCCGGCCACGCCUGCAAAGAGUGUGUGCGCCGACAACUUCUUCCGGGGAUACGGGAACUUCCCGAAUUAUAUGGCGAAUACUCAGUCUUCUAAGGCUAAGUUGAGGUCCUAUAGCGCUCCUAAGCAAAGACCUGAACCGGGGCCAAAGAAAAGGCUUUCACUGAAUGAAAUGAUGGAAUCUAGGAGCAGUUUGAGUGGAGUUCGGAUGCAAAGGUCGUGUUCACAGGCUCAGGAAGUUAUUAGUUUCAAGAAUGCUAUAAUGGGCAAGCUCCAGAGGUCCUCAGAGUUUGUGAGAGAGCCAGCAGAGAGACAUUAUUCAUUGCAGAGGAGGUUGUGAAUAUAAAUUGAGGCUAGAGAAAGAGCAUUGCUUGGCUUCUAAAAAUGUGUUGUUCGCAGCCUAUAUAAUAGCGCUUGAAGUUUUAGAUGCUAAAUUGCAAUUGAGAUAAAAUAGUUCGACAGAAAAGAAAGAUAAUGUGGUAAGACAUCCACUGGGCUCUGGACUAGAUAUUAGUACUCAGCUUCGAAUGAAUUCCUUUCUACAUUUAUCAAAUGAAUUUCAAUUUCAAUA